AUGGUAUCAUUGUACCACCUCGUUACCCAUAUUCUCCCAUUGAGCUUGUUCCUAGAUGCAGCUCUUGGCCAUCGGGCUCAUCGCCGAGAUCCCGCUGACGCGGAUAAUCUCCCUCAAUCAGAAACAGUUGCGAUUACCAACGCUCAGGCUAUUAUGACCUCGACAGUUCCUGCCGCACCUCUCGCUACGCUAUCCAUUGGAGAGAUUAUUGCUACUGAUGCAGUCGAUACUGUCAGCAGUAAAGUCCUUGUCAUUGCACGAGAUUCAGUCUCCGCAUACUCUGCUUGGAGUGGGCUGAAUGAUCGAGGAAUCCCAUAUGAAACCUUAAUCGUUCCUGCAGCUGGUAUAGCACUACCAAGCUUGAACAGUUCAGAAAGUCAAGGAAAUUAUGGACUCAUUGUUGUUAUGUCAGAACUGAGUUACUCCUACCCUGACGUCGGGUAUCAAAGUGCACUUACGGCCGACCAAUGGCAAGCAAUCUACAACUAUCAAACCGCCUUCCGCGUUCGGCUGGUCAGGCUUGAUUCUUAUCCAUCUGCUGCAUUUGGUACAGAGGCAUUAGGAGCUUGUUGUAAUAGUGGUGUUGAGCAGCUUGUUUCCAUUUCCGACAACUCAGCCUUUCCUAAGGCGGGACUCAAGACCGGUGCCACCAUGAGUACCAUGGGCAUAUACCACUAUCCUACUCAAAUUACAAAUUCAACAUUGGCAAAGGAGUUUUUACAACUAGGACCCUCUUCUGAUGGCCAAUUCACUUCCGCAAGUACAGCAGGCGUGAUAAACAAUAUCAAUGGUAGAGAACAAAUGGUGUUUUACAUUCCAUUUGCUACAGAUUGGGCUGUCACUUCUGUAUGGUUGCAACAUGCUUGGAUCGACUGGGGCACAAGAAGUCUUUACACUGGAUACAGAAGAGCACUAUUCGGCACACAGAUUGACGACAUGUUCUUGGAGUCAGAUAUUUAUUCACCUACUGGGACGACUUACCGCAUUGGCACGGCCGAUUUGGCUCAGCAUAUUACAUUCAUGAGUUCGAUCAACUCUAAGUUAAAUGCUGGAAGUAAUUGGUUCAUUGAGGUUGGACAUAAUGGCAAUGGAAAUGUCGAAUCAGCUAAUGAAAUCGCGACAAGUGAAAGUGUCUGUUCUCCUGGACCCAUUGAGUAUGGCGAACAAAUCGAUACACCAUUGGAGUGGAUCAAGCCCAUUGGAACCGGAACCGAUAUCUGGCCCAAAACGUCGGUUCUUUAUCCCAAUUACACCACCGAAUGCUUAAGCGACGAUUCUUUACUCACGUGGUGGACCACCCCUUCUAAUCUUAAUGCCUAUGCACACAUUUCCCACACUUUCACACACGAGGAUCAAAACAAUGCGACUUACGCCGAUGUAUAUAGAGAGAUGACAUGGAAUCAAGCCUGGCUUACUGCCACCGGAAUUGCCAAUGCAGACAGGUUCAGUCCAAAGGGACUUAUUCCACCAGCCAUCACAGGGCUUCACAAUGGUGAUGCGCUUAAAGCCUGGGCUGACAGCGGUAUCACACAUGCAGUUGGAGACAAUACUCGAGCAGCUCUCUUGAACCCUGAUAAUGAGCAUUGGCCUUUGUUCACAACAGUUGCGGCCAACGGCUAUGAUGGUAUUCAAAUAACUCCAAGAUGGGCAACCAACAUUUACUACAAUUGCGAUUCGCCUGACUGUACCGUGUUGGAAUGGAUAAACACCAGUGCCGGAUCCGGUGAUAUAAAUACUCUCCUUGCAGUCGAGAAACAGACAAAUGUCAGACAUUUGUUGGGUCUUCACCAUGAUGCCUACAUGUUCCAUCAAGCCAAUUUGCGCUACACAGGAGCAGCAACGUACACUAUCAAUGGUGUGACAGCACAGCUUUCGCUGCUCAUGGCAUGGGUUGAGACGGUGACUCAAGAAUUCGUUCGAUUGGUUGACUGGCCUCUCAUCACCUACAAACAUGACGACCUUGCUGCCAUGUUUGUCAAUAGAAUGACACGGGAUUCUUGUGGAGCUAGCUUGUCAUAUCAAUUUGAUACUACUAGCUCAUCGAUCACGGGCUUCACACUCUCUGCAAAUGGCAACACUUGCUCAACACCGCUCCCGGUCACUAUCCCAGGUUCAGUCACCGAUACCAAGGGGGCCACUGUUGAGCAGGUUGGUAACGACCCUACAACAUUGUGGGUCACUUUGUCUGGCGCACCUGUCAGCUUUACUCUCACCACACCAAUUCCAAUAUCGAGCAGCUAA